AUGUUUAACAGAUCAAAACCUCUUCUGAACCUGGUGUUGUGUGGUAGAAGAGGAGCAGGGAAGACCUCAGCAGUUAAUGCUAUUCUGGGACAAAAGAGGUUUGAUCCACCUAGCAACUCAUCAGAGUGUGUUAAACAUCAGGGAGAGGUGUGUGGACGUUGGGUUUCCCUGGUGGAGCUGCCUGCCUUGUAUGGAAAACCUCAGGAGGCAGUGAUGGAGGAAUCACUCAGGUGUAUCUCCCUCUGUGAUCCUGAGGGUGUCCAUGCCUUCAUCCUGGUCCUACCUGUGGCUCCCCUCACUGAUGAAGACAAGGGAGAGUUAAAGACCAUCCAGGAUGCAUUCAGCUCUCGGGUCAAUGACUUCACCAUGAUUCUGUUCACUGUGGACUCAGAUUCUACAGAUCCAGCUGUUCUUAACUUUGUAGGACAAGACAAGGACAUCCAGAAGCUCUGUAAUGAAGAGAUGCAGAGCCCAGACUGUCUCAGGAUUGUGCUCAUUGGAAAGACUGGCUGUGGAAAGAGCUCUUCAGGAAACACCAUUCUAGGACGAGAUAUAUUUUUAUCUAGCCCUUUCCAAAAGUCGGUCACCAAACGUUGUCAAAAAGAACAGGGCGAUGUGGACGGUUAUCCUGUUGUUGUGGUCGACACUCCUGGACUGUUUGACAACAGUUUAACACAUGAAGAGAUCAAUGAGGAGAUGGUGAAAUGUGUCAGUCUCCUGGCUCCAGGACCACAUGUCUUCCUGCUGGUGUUACAGAUUGGGAGACUCACAGCAGAGGAGAAGGAGACACUGGAACUGAUCAAGAAAGUCUUUGGGAAGAACUCCGAGAAGUUCACCAUUGUUCUUUUCACAAAAGGAGAUACACUGGAACAUGCAAAGGUGUCUGUUGAAGAAUACAUUGAAAAGUCUGAUGAUUCCUUUAAGAAGCUGAUCUCCGACUGUGGAGGAAGAUACCAUGUGUUCAAUAACUAUAAGCAGAACUGCACACAAGUGACUGAGCUGAUAACAAAGAUUGACACCAUGGUGAAGGAAAAUGGAGGAAACUGCUUCACCAAUGAGAUGCUGCAAGAGGCUGAAACUGCGAUACAGAAAGAAAUGCAGAGGAUCCUGAAGGAGAAGGAAGAAGAGAUGCAGAGACAGAAGGAGGAGCUUGAAAGAACAUAUGAGGAAAAAAUCCAGAGGAAGAGAGAACAGGAAGAACUUCAAAGACGAGAAUGGGAACAAAGAAUACAAGAACUUGAGGGAAAACUACGAUCAGAAGAGGAAAGAAUAAAAAGAGAACAGGAAGAGAAGCUGAAAGAGUUAGAGGACAACUAUCAGAAACAAACUGAGAACAUGCAGGAAGACAUGGGGAAGUUUAAAGAAGAAGCCAGAAAAAAAGCUGAAGAAUUCAAUGAAUUUAGAGAGAAAAAGGAGAAGGGUUUUGCAGAACUGAUUCAAAAACACAUUGACGACAUAAAGAAACUGAAGCAGCAACAUGAGAAAGACAUGCAAGACAAGAAGGGAGAAUACGAAAGAUUAAAGGAUCU